UUCAGCGAAGCUUUCGCAAAUACCACUUCCUGGUGUGAUUGGUCGGAGGAAAACGUCGUUGCAUCAAAAGAUGGCAUAUUUUAAACCCGCUUUCACUUCAUUUUGUGACAAAACUAGAAGAAAUUGAGGGACUUUUGGCAGUAAGAGGCGCGGGGGGCGUGUGGUAGCCGCUCGUCACGCUGCAUAUUAUUCUCUGGCUGUCAGUGCUGUGCUAGCUUAUAGCGCAGAUAGUAAAUAUUAGCUUGUGGAGAAAGCACUCUCAUUGUAAAUAACGAAAAUGGCUACCAUGGAGAAACUUAUGAAGGCCUUUGAGAGUCUAAAGUCGUUCCAACAACAGCAGGGACCGCCGACGGCCGAGGAACUUGUCCAGAAACAGAAAAAGGAGCAAGCUACGACAAAAAAAGACAGAGUGACCCACUGCCUGACAAUAUGUGAAAACAUUAUUGCCCAGUCACUGAGAACGUCUCCAGAGUUUCAGAAGCUGCUUGGCAUCGCCAUGGAGAUGUUUCUGCUUUGCAGCGACGACAGCGAGUCCGACGUCCGGAUGGUGGCUGACGAGUGCCUGAACAAAAUCAUUAAAGCGCUGAUGGACUCUAAUUUACCCAGACUGCAGCUGGAGUUGUACAAAGAAAUUAAAAAGAACGGUGCCUCUCGGAGUCUGAGGGCGGCUUUGUGGAGGUUUGCUGAGCUGGCCCACCUCAUCAGGCCGCAGAAGUGCAGGCCGUACCUGGUGAACCUGCUGCCGUGCCUCACCCGCAUCACCAAGCGGCAGGAGGAAACCGUGCAGGAGACCCUGGCUGCAGCAACGCCCAAAAUCAUGGCCGCGCUAGGAAACUUUGCGAAUGACGGCGAGGUCAAGCUCCUGCUAAAGUCGUUUGUUGCCAACCUGAAAUCCAGCUCCCCCACCAUCAGACGGACGGCGGCCAGCUCCGCCGUCAGCGUAUGCCAACACUCCAGACGCACCAGCUACUUCUAUACCUGGCUUCUGAAUGUGCUGCUAGGUCUGCUGGUUCCAGUAGACGAGGAGCAUCCCAGUCAUCUGAUUCUGGGGACGUUAUUGACUCUACGCUACAUGAUGCCUCUGCUACAGCAGCAGGUCAACACUACCAGCCUCAAAGGAAGCUUUGGGGUCAUGAGGAAGGAGGCAGAUGUUCAGCCGACACCUGAGCAGAUGCUACAGGUGUACGAGCUGACCCUACACUACACGCAGCACUGGGAUCACAACGUGGUCACGGCGGCUCUGGAGCUCCUGCAGCAGACGUUCAGGACGCCGCCGCCAGAGCUCCUCCACCUGCUCAUCACAGCGGGCAGCAUUCCUCACGCCACCGUGUUUCGCCAAGACAACGAGAGCCGCGCCCGUUCUGGCAGCAUCCUGGAGCUCAUUGCAGGAGGUGGGUCUUCCUGCAGUCCACUCCUCCUCAGGAAACAGAGAGGAAAAGUGCUCUCUGGGGAGGAGGAUGGAUUAGAGGACGAGGCGGAGAAGAGUGAGGUUCCUGCUGCAGCCUUCACAGACGGCUCCUCUGUCUCCCAAGUGGACAUCAUCACGGAGCAGCCCCGCUCCUCCCAGCACGCCCUACAGCCCGCCGACUCGGUGGACCUCAGCGCCUCCUCGGAGCAGGGGGGCGGAGGUGGGACGUCCGCGUCUGGCACGCCCGAGUCGCCCAACGAAAACGAGGAGGAAAUGCUGAGUCGGAGCUCCAGCGGCGGGGCUAACGCCGCCCCGGAAACAGCAGAGUACACCUCCUCAGAAAUCGCCGUGCCAGAAGGAGAAGAAGGCGGAGCGAUGCUCGCCACUCAUGACCGCUCGCUUCCACCCAGCGACUCUUCUCAGACGACCACGGAGGGACCGGACUCUGCUGUGACGCCUUCAGACGUGGCUGAGCUGUCACGCUCUCUAUUGCCGCGGGUCUCUGAGCCUCCCCCACCCUCGCCAACUUCCACCGAGGGCCCCGAUGCCACAGACAGCGACUCCUCUGUCUACACCGCUUCCUCUUCAUCAUCUUCUUUCUCUUUCACCUCCUCUUCCUCCUAUGCCACGUCCUCCUCUAGCACUAGUGACAAGGUCCUUGAUGGCAGUGACAGUCAGUACUCUGGGAUGCAGAUCGGAACACUGCAGGAUGAAGAAGAGGAAGGAACGGCGUCAUCCUCGCUGGAGGAACCCUCAGAACUGUUCAUGCCGUCAGCUCUUGCUCUCAGCAAACCUCACCUCUUUGAUGGCCGAGGUCACAACCGACAGGGCUCCGACUGCAGCGUGGACCGUUUCCUCCCCAAAGAUGAGCCUGCCGAGUCAGAACCUGACGUUAGGGUCAAGCCGUCACGAAUAAAGGGCCCAAUUGGACACUACACAGACCAGGGGGCGGAGCCACUCGUGCACUGUGUUCGACUGCUUGCUGCCUCCUUCCUGCUGGCAGGGGAGAAACACGAUUUGAUUCCUGACAAAGAGGUGCGCGUCAGUGUGAAGGCCUUGGCGUUGAGCUGCGUCGGAGCUGCAGCCGCUCUGCAUCCUGAAGCGUUCUUCAACUCCCUCUACCUGGAGCCGCUGGACGGCGUUCCCCUGCAAGACCAACAGUACAUCAGUGACGUUCUGGACUUCAUUGCCCAUGGGGACCCUCAGAUCAGGGGGGGCACGGCCAUCCUCUGCGGAGCCAUUUUGCAGGCCGCCCUUACCAAAACCCGCUACAACAUAAGCACUUGGCUGGCCAGUGUGCAAAGGGCAACAGGUAACCCUCUGUCCCUGGCGGACUUGGUGCCUCUAAUCCAGAAAACUCUAAAGGACGAAUCUUCGGUCACCUGUAAGAUGGCUUGCGCAGCAGUGAGGCACUGCAUCAUGACUCUGUGCAGCAGCACCCUGAGUGAGCUCGGCCUGCAGCUCGUCAUAGACCUCUUGUCUUUGAGGGAUUCUUCCUAUUGGCUCGUUCGCACAGAACUCCUGGAGACUUUAGCAGAAUUGGACUUCAGAUUGAUAAGUUUCUUGGAGAGAAAAAGCGACGCUCUACACAAAGGAACCCAUCACUACACGGGGAGACUGCAGCUCCAAGACAGAGUCCUGAACGACGUGGUCAUAUGUCUGUUGGGAGACGAUGAUCCGAGAGUGCGGCACGUGGCUGCGUCUGUCGUUAGCAGAGUGGUUCCACGGUUGUUCUUUGACUGUGACCAAGGCCAGGUCGACCCUGUGGUGGCAAUCGCCAGGGACCAGAGUUCAGUCUACCUUCAGCUACUCAUGCACGAGACCCAGCCUCCUUCCCAGUUCACCGUUAGCCCAAUCACCAGGACCUACCGAGGUUACAACCUGUCCAACGCCGUGUCUGAUGUCACGCUGGAGAACAACCUGUCAAGAGUUGUCACCGCCGUCUCUCACGCCUUCUCGUCCUCUACAUCCAGAGCUCUAACUUUUGGCUGCUGUGAGGCUCUGAGCCUCCUGGCGUCAAACUUUCCGGUCUCCACGUGGAGCGCAGGCUGGCACUGUGGCUUCGUUAGCUCCAGCAGCACCUUUUCUUCCCAUCCUGGGCUCAGCCGCAGCAGAGGAAGGGCCCUCAGUUUUUCACAGUCCAGCAACACUCCGUCCGCUGCAGCGACUUCCCCAGACGUGGAGCGGAGGACCCUGACUGUGGGGAUGGCCAACAUGGUGCUCUCCUUAUUGUCUUCAGCCUGGUUUCCACUGGAUCUUUCUGCACAUCAAGACACACUUUUACUCUCGGGGAACCUGAUAGCCGCCGUGGCUCCUAAAUGUCUGCGCAACCCCUGGGCUGGAGAAGAGGAGGGCAGCGGUGGAAGCGCCGCUGCUGGCCCAAAUAAAAUGGAGGAGCCCUGGGCGGCGCUGUCGGAACGCACCCUGGUCAACAUGGUGGAGCAGCUGUUCUCACAUCUGCUGAAGGUCCUCAACAUCUGUGCCCAUGUGCUGGACGAUACACCUCCAGGACCGGCAGUUAAGGCGGCUCUUCCAUCCCUGAGCAACACUCCUUCUCUCAGUCCCAUCCGUAGGAAAGGGAAGGAAAAGGAGGCUACUGAACCCAACGCUGGUCCCUUGAGUCCCAAAAAAAGCACUGAGGUCAACACAGGCAGACCCCCAGAAGGCACGGGGUCAACAGUGGUCAACAAAUCCACCACUCUUGGAAGUUUCUACCACCUGCCCCCUUAUCUCAAGCUCUACGAUGUCCUAAAGGCCACGCACGCCAACUACAAAGUGACGUUGGAUCUCCACAACCAUGAGAAGUUUGGCAGUUUUCUUCGCGCCACCUUAGAUGUUCUGUCUCAGCUGCUGGAGCUUGCGACUCUGCAUGACAUCGGGAAGUGUGUCGAGGAAAUUCUGGGCUACCUAAAGUCCUGCUUCUCCAGGGAACCCACCAUGGCUACUGUUUGUGUGCAGCAGUUGUUGAAGACCCUGUUUGGGACCAACCUGGCGUCUCAACAUGAAGGCAUUCUGAGUGGACCCAGCCGCUCUCAAGGCAAAGCUCUCCGUCUCGGCUCCUCCAGCCUGCGACCAGGCCUUUAUCACUACUGCUUCAUGGCUCCGUACACGCACUUCACCCAGGCUCUGGCUGACGCCAGUCUCCGGAACAUGGUGCAGGCUGAGCAGGAGCAGGAUGCGUCCGGAUGGUUUGAUGUCAUGCAGAAAGCGUCCAAUCAGCUGAGGUCCCACAUUGUAAAUGCCACGCGACACAGAGGAGACAAGAAUGCCAUUCACAACCACAUUCGACUGUUUGAGCCGCUGGUGAUCAAAGCCCUGAAGCAGUACACCACCAGCACCUCUGUGGUCCUGCAGAGACAGGUGCUGGACCUGCUGGCCCAGCUGGUGCAGCUACGAGUCAACUACUGUUUGCUGGACUCGGAUCAGGUGUUCAUAGGUUUUGUUCUGAAGCAGUUCGAGUACAUUGAAGUGGGACAGUUCAGAGAUUCUGAGGCCAUCAUUCCCAACAUUUUUUUCUUCCUGGUGCUGCUGUCCUAUGAGCGAUACCACUCCAAGCAGAUCAUUGGCAUCCCUAAGAUCAUCCAGCUGUGCGACGGCAUCAUGGCAAGUGGCAGGAAGGCCGUCACACAUGCCAUCCCGGCCUUGCAGCCCAUAGUUCACGACCUGUUCAUCCUGCGGGGUUCCAACAAAGCAGACGCAGGCAAAGAGCUGGAAACACAGAAGGAAGUGGUGGUCUCCAUGCUGCUGCGACUCAUACAGCACCAUCAGGUGUUGGAGAUGUUCAUCCUGGUGCUGCAGCAGUGUCACAAAGAAAAUGAGGAUAAGUGGAAGAGGCUGUCCCGGCAGAUCGCUGACGUCAUACUGCCCAUGAUUGCCAAACAGCAGAUGCAUUUGGACUCCCCCGAAGCGUUGGGAGUGUUGAACACACUGUUUGAGAGCGUGGCCCCCUCCUCCCUCAGACCUGUGGACAUGCUGCUCAAGAGCAUGUUCACCAUCCCAGCCAGCAUGGCCUCGGUCGCCACAGUCCAGCUGUGGGUGUCUGGCAUCCUGGCUGUGCUCAGGGUGCUGAUCUCUCAGUCCACCGAGGACAUUGUUCUGUCCCGCGUCCACGAACUGUCCCUCUCCCCUCACUUCCUGUCCUGCCGCACCAUCCGCCGCCUGCAACAGCAGGGCGCCGCCCAGUGCGAGCUUCCUGCUGCUGAAACGCUUUCCAACCAAGAAGCUAAUGGAGACGCACAGAAAGCUCCACCGGAGGAGACGUUUGCUCGGUUCCUCCUUCAGCUGGUCGGCGUUUUACUCGACGACAUUUCCAGCAGGCGGGUGAAGGUGGAAAUCACGGAGCAGCAGCACACCUUCUACUGCCAGCAGCUGGGCACGCUGCUCAUGUGUCUCAUACAUGUCUUCAAGAGUGGCAUGUUUCGCAGGAUCACGGCAGCAGCCAGCCGUCUCCUGAAGGCCGAGAGCGGAGGAGGUCUGACCGGUUCCGAAGCAAACCUCUUCUACCCCUUAGAGGGGCUGAACAGCAAGGUCCAGUGCCUCAUAACCACCCAUCCUCCGCUGGUUCUGCUGUGGUGCCAGGUCCUCCUCAUUAUCAACUACACCAACUACAGCUGGUGGGCGGAGGUUCAUCAAACACAGAGACGCCACAGCCUCUCCUCCACCAAGCUACUGAGCUCCCACUCCUCUGGAGAGGGCGAAGAGGAAAGCUGCGAGUCGCGGUUAGCCGUGGUGAACAGAGAGAUCGUACGCAGUGGAGCCUUAAUCCUCUUCUGUGACUACGUGUGCCAGAACCUUCAUGACUCGGAGCAUCUGACUUGGCUGAUUGUCAAUCACGUGCGUGACCUCAUCGCCCUCUCCCAUGAGCCUCCAGUUCAGGAUUUCAUCAGCGCUGUCCACCGCAACUCAGCCGCCAGCGGCCUCUUCAUCCAGGCCAUCCAGUCCCGCUGUGACAACCUCACUGCUCCCACCACGUUGAAGAAGACUCUGCAGUGUUUGGAGGGGAUCCACCUCAGUCAGUCUGGAUCUCUGCUGAUGCUGUACGUGGACAAACUGCUGGAUACACCUUUCAGGGUUCUGGCUCGCAUGGUGGACACACUGGCGUGUCGCAGAGUGGAGAUGCUGCUGGCUGAGACUCUCCAGAACAGUAUAGCCCAGCUACCUGUGGAGGAACUGGACAGGAUCCAGGAAUACCUCCAGACCAGUGGACUGGCUCAAAGGCAUCAGAGGUUCUACUCCCUGCUGGACAGGUUCAGAGCAACCGUUGCCAACAGCAGGAGCCCCACCCCUCCAGUGACAUCACACCCAUUGGAUGGAAAUCCACCCCCUUCCCCUGAGCAGGUUGUCGCUGAUAAGUAUUUGUCUUGCGUUCAGGAAUGGUACGUGGCUCUGGUGAAGUCCCAGUGUGGUCUUCGUGGAGAUGUUUCCCUGUCCGAGACGACAGAGCUCCUCACUAAACUACCUUCUGCCGAGCUGUUAAACACCAUGAGCCGCAAGGAUUUCAACCUCGGCCUGUUGUGUCCAUCCGUGAGCGUGGGGGUUCAGAGGUUGGCACGAGGCCAGGGCCCACUUUUGUUGGAGACGACCUUGCAGGUCACACUAGAUCAGCUGGCAGAGGUCACCGGGUCACUUCCUGUUCCACACCAGUCCUUCCUGCCUCCACCUGAACCCCAGCCUUACUGGGAGCAGCUGGCUGAUCUGUACGACAAACCAGGUUUCUACUCCAGGGUUUUGGCGCUGUGCAGAGCGCUGUCCCAGUAUUUACUGAAAGUGGGCCAGCUGCCUUCAUCACUGCAAAUUCCUUCUGACAAGGAGCACCUCAUCACCACCUUCACCUGCACUGCCACAGAGGUUGUGGCGUGGCGCCUGCUCCACGACCAGCUGCCCCUGAGUGUGGACCUGCAGUGGGCCCUGUCCUGUCUGUGUCUGUCCCUGCAGCAGCCCUGUGUCUGGAACAAGCUCUCCACCCCGGAGUACACCACCCAAACCUGCUCCCUCGUCUACUGCCUACGCCUCAUUAUUGUUGCAGUGGCCGUGAGUCCAGGUGACCGCCUGCUGCAUGCAGAGAAAAGACAGGCGGGGGACAAAGACGCUGAUGCAGAUGAUGUGCAUUCGGGGCGUGCCAAAAACCCGUGUGAGUGGCGGGCAUGUGAGAUAAUGGCGGAGCUGGUGGAAGGCCUGCAGAGCGUCCUCUGCCUGGGUCACCCCAAGAACUCUGCGUUCCCUGCUUUUGUUACCCCGAUGUUGCGCAACAUCAUCAUCAGUCUGUCCCGGCUGCCGCUGGUCAACAGCUACACCCGAGUGCCUCCGCUGGUUUGGAAACUGGGCUGGUCCCCCCAGCCAGGAGGAGAGUUUGGCACCACGCUGCCAGAGAUCCCCGUGGACUUCCUGCAUGAGAAGGACGUCUUCAGAGAGUUUCUGUACCGCAUCAACACUCUGGGCUGGAGCAGCAGGACGCAGUUUGAGGAGACCUGGGCCACGCUGCUGGGGGUGCUGGUCACCCAACCCAUAACGAUGGACCAGGAGGAGACGCAACAGGAGGAGGACCUGGAGCGCACUCAGCUCAAUGUGUUGGCGGUGCAGGCCAUCACCAGCCUGGUGCUGAGCGCCAUGACCCUGCCCACGGCUGGCAACCCGGCUGUCAGCUGUCCGGAACAGCAGCCGCGCAACAAAAGCCUCAAAGCCCUGGAGACGCGGUUUGGGAGGAAGCUGGCUGUCAUACGGGGGGAGGUGGAGAGGGAGAUUCAGGCUCUGGUGUCAAAGAGGGACAACGUUCACACGCACCACCCGUACCACGCCUGGGACCCCGUCCCCUCCCUGUCGGUGGCGUCUGCAGCAGGAACGCUCAUCAGCCACGACAAGCUGCUGCUUCAGAUCAACACCGAGAGAGACAUGGGCAACAUGGACUACAAACUGGGGCAGGUCUCCAUCCAUUCAGUCUGGUUGGGAAAUAACAUCACUCCACUCAGGGAGGAGGAGUGGGGGGAGGAUGAAGAGGAUGAAGCCGACACCCCUGCACCCACCUCGCCACCGUUAUCUCCUAUAAACUCCAGGAAACACCGGGCUGGAGUGGACAUCCACUCGUGUUCCCAGUUCCUCCUGGAGCUCUACAGUCAGUGGCUGAUCCCCGGCUCCUCGGGUCACAGGAGGACCCCCACCAUCCUCAUCAGUGAAGUGGUUCGAUCGCUGCUGGCAGUGUCGGACCUGUUCACGGAGCGGAACCAGUUUGACAUGAUGUUCUCGACGCUGAUGGAGCUGCACAGGCUUCACCCACCAGAGGACGAGAUCCUGAACCAGUACCUGGUGCCUGCCAUCUGUAAAGCUGCUGCUGUGCUGGGCAUGGACAAAGCGAUCGCUGAGCCUGUUUGCCGCCUGCUGGAGACCACCCUGCGCAGCACCCACCUGCCCAGCCGCAUGGGGGCCCUGCACGGCGUGCUGUACGUGCUGGAGUGCGACCUGCUGGACGACACCGCCAAGCAGCUCAUACCUACAGUGUCGGAGUAUCUUCUGUCGAACCUCAGGGCCAUUGCUCAUUGUGUGAACUUGCACAACCAGCAGCAUGUGUUGGUGAUGUGUGCAGUGGCCUUCUACAUGAUGGAGAACUACCCGUUGGACGUCGGACCAGAGUUUGUGGCUGCAGUUAUCCAGUUGUGUGGGGUCAUGGUGUCGGCCAGCGAAGACUGCACGCCCUCCAUCAUCUACCACUGCGUGCUGCGCGGGCUAGAGCGCCUCCUGCUGUCGGAGCAGUUGUCCCGCAUGGACGGAGAGGCGCUGGUGAAGCUCAGCGUGGACCGCGUCAACGCGUCGUCGCCGCACAGAGCCAUGGCCGCCCUGGGCCUCAUGCUCACCUGCAUGUACACCGCGGUGCUUACGUCGGGCUCAGAUGGGGUUAGAGGUCAGGUUGACUCUGCUGUAGCGGAGGCGGCGGCCGUCAUGGAGGGUCAUGUUGGUUUCUCCUUAGGCAAGGAGAAAGCCAGCCCCGCCAGCAGGCCUGCCCACCCCGACCCGCAGGCCCCAGACAGCGAGUCCAUCAUCGUGGCCAUGGAGCGGGUCUCCGUGCUCUUCGACAGGAUCAGGAAGGGUUUUCCCAGUGAGGCCCGGGUGGUGUCCAGGAUUCUGCCCCAGUUUCUGGACGAUUUCUUCCCUCCACAGGACAUCAUGAACAAGGUCAUCGGAGAGUUCCUGUCCAACCAGCAGCCUUACCCACAAUUCAUGGCCACCGUGGUCUACAGGGUGUUCCAGACGCUCCACGCCACGGGCCAGUCGUCCAUGGUGCGAGACUGGGUGCUGCUGUCUCUGUCCAACUUCACCCAGAGGACCCCGGUGGCCAUGGCCAUGUGGAGCCUGUCCUGCUUCUUCGUCUCAGCCUCCACCUCGCAGUGGAUCUCUGCUCUCCUGCCGCACGUGAUCAGUCGAAUGGGCUCCAUCGAGGUGGUGGACGUCAACCUGUUCUGCGUGGUGGCCAUGGAUUUCUACCGGCACCAGAUCGACGAGGAGCUGGACCGCAGGGCGUUCCAGUCCGUCUUCGAGACCGUGGCGGCGCCCGGCAGCCCCUACCACCGGCUGCUCAGCUGUCUGCAGUCCAUCCACCAGGACACGUCGCUGUAAUGGCGCCGGUGCGGGCGUGCGCCGAGGUCGGGGGGCGUGCCCUGAGAGGAAAGCUUGAUCAGAAAGCCUGAUCAUGCCGCCAUCACUCGUCUGCGAUGGCGGCAUGAGGGAGGGAGCAGAAUGUUUUUACCUUCACCAGAUCUACUCUUUCCCCCGUUUUCACCGACAGGAAACCGGGUCGGAGCCGCGGCGCCGAGCGUGGCCGGUUCAGCCAAGUGCGCCUGACAGUGAAGGACGUCCAAGUUCAGUCUCAGCUGAGCCGUUUCUGAUUGGGAGCUGUAGGCUCCUCCCACUUUGCACUUUCUCAUUGAAAAGACCAUUAAAGGCAGAAACCAGUCUGAAGGAUUUUCCCACCGUGACUUGCGUAAAUAUUGUGAAAUCAGUCGGAUGUAGAGAAAAAAUCCUAUAUUUAAAGUUCCAUGUUUCCGCUUUCAGCGAGUUUGGACUCCAGACUCACAGCCCUGUUCCUUAGGGGGGAAAUGGUCGUUGGGACGCGACGCUCCAGCUGUUUUAGGAGGAUUUGUAGUUUUAUUUUCCCUCUCGUGUCCAGAAUUAAACACAAAGUCUGUCACUGUUAUGUUGGAGUACAGGAACAGACGUGUUGGCGAGAAAGGCGUGUCCUCUCUGAGGACUUAUUCUCAGGACGCAACGCAUGACUGGAUCAACGUCAUUGUAAUCAGAUUACAGUCAUUCCCUUCGUAUCUUGUGAAAAAACACAGUUGUACAGCAACAAAAGCCAUGACGGCGUGAGGCCUGCGUGACGGCGUGGAGGCUCAGGUGUUCCAGCGCGACGCCUUUUUAUCUUUUUUUCCUGAAUGCAGGAAAGCGGCGAGCUUUUAGCUCAUUUUUCUCUGUACAAACACCUGCCUUAGAUGGUAUCCGAAUAUCUAAAUGUCCCGUGCACCGAGAGCAUGCUCCGCCUCGCCGCCGCGGCGUGGAGGAGACGAGGACGGCCCGUGGGGGGCCCCGCCUCAGGAUCCACAGCAGCUUCGACAAAUCAGGACGAGGAAAUGUAGCGGCGCCACGACGAGGGAGUCCUCGUCUCUGCUUUAAAUAUUGUUUUUGUCUCUGGUCAUGAAUUGGUAAAUAUUGCAUCGUUAUCUUUGUGCGGAUCAAUAAAGACUCGUCACUUGAAAAACUCCA